AGGAGGGGCAGGAGGACUCUGCGCACAGGCUACAUCUUGACAUCUUCUAGAGCCUGAGGAUGCUGCAGGGGUAACUCUCAGUGUCUGGGGCAUUUCUGCAUCUGGAUGCCCUCCUAAUGUGAGGCAGGAAAGGACCCAUAACCACCUGUCUGAGCAUCUGCCCCAGGACUGGGUUUGGGGGCAUUCAUUGUUUUGGGGAAUCUGCCUGAAGCAACAGGGAGGGGGGAGACUGGAUGUAUCUGCUCAUCAGACAUGAGGACAGCCAAGAAGCAGGGUGCCUGUGCCUUCUCCUGGGGAGCUGUCCAGCUGUGGCCCCUGCUCCUGGCCCUACUGCUGCACUCUGGAGAAGCUCUGGAACCAGAUGACACCUGGGAGCUUGGAUCUGGCCUGAUGGCAGAAGAGGUAAAUGUUCUGAAGUCUCUCGUCCUCCACUCUGCUGAACUGGUCAACGUCUCUCUCGCCUCGGAACACGCUUGCCCAUCCCUUGAAUUGGGCCAGUACUCUACGCUGAGCGUUCCCAGCAGGACGGCGUUUGGGGAUAGUUUUGCCGACGAGUUGUCCGUUCUGACCACGUUCCGCUCGCCUAUGUCUGAGGACACUGGUAUUUUCACGAUCUUGAACCUUCAUGGAGAAGUGUCCUUCCAGAUCCGGAUUAACCCGAAUGCCCUCAUCUUCAUCUCCAGCCGUCGCGGACACUACGAGUUUCCGGUUCCCUUCCUCACAGACGGUAAAUGGCACCGCGUGGGACUAGCGAUCUCUGCCAAGGGGGUCUCGCUCCACGUGGACUGCAAACUGGUAGAAACUCUUCCUUGGUCCAACUAUUUUGGCCUGGGCGUCAGCACCGAUGGGAUCGUGAUGCUCGGAGGUCUCAUCGAACCUUACGACGUCCCAUUUAAGGGCUCCUUGCAGCAGCUGCUCUUUGUGAUGGGAGAUUCGGGAGCCGCCGGCCGCUUCUGUAAGGACUACAAUCAAACCUGCCUGAGCGGCUUCCCGGUGGAGCAGUACCUGAACCUGUCCCGGAGUGAGCGGGGCGCACGCCUGCACCCACAGUCCAAGAGCUUCCCAUCUAACACGUCGUGGAAAGGGGCAGAAGAUGGCGCAGGGCGUACCCAGAAAGCGGCCAAGCCAGAUUCUCACAGAUACAUCAGCGAGUUGGAUCUGUUGGAGCUGAAAGAGGAAGAUCUUAUCCCGACCCUCCGACGGGACCCGGUUACCGGCGACCAUUCGGCCAGCAAGACCUCGAAGAAAGAAGAACGUCUCGAGAAACCGGACCCCCUUGAGGAAAACGUCACGGUGGACAAGCAGGAGAAAAGUCCUGUCUCUCCAGAAGGCAUUCCCACCGACAAGUCCACGGCCGUCAUCAUAGACCUGACCAAAGACCCCAUUAACACCAAAGCUACCCCUCUGGCUGUGCCAGAUACCGAUGUGCCCAGUCCUUACCCAACAACCGAUCCGACGAUAUCCACGGCGCCGGAGAACAAGACCAGCUUCACCACACAGCAUCCCUCAUACAGCAUCACAUCCACGCUGGGGGGGUCAGGGACCACUGAGGGUCUACAGAUUAAAAAAUACCCCACAACUCAGAAACCUAAGAAGCCUGUUCGUGGCUUCCCAGGGCCCCGGGGCCCUCCUGGCUGUCCUGGUCGGCCUGGAUUCCGUGGACCAAAAGGAGACAAGGGGGACGCGGGUGUGAUGGGGCGGACGGGAAUGCCAGGAAAUCCUGGGCCUCGUGGACCCCCGGGGCUGCCAACUAUAAUGAUCUGGGGCAACUCAGCGGAGGACUGGGCCGCGUUCUACCAAACGUCUUUCUAUCAGCUGCUCUACGCCGGCUGGCCCAGAAGCCGCGGUCCGACGGGUCUUCCAGGGAUAUCGGGGAGGCCAGGGUCUCCGGGUCUGAUUGGACCACCGGGGUGGCCGGGAGAAAAAGGGCAGCGUGGCCUCCAGGGACUGCCGGGGCCAAUAGGGCCACAUGGGAUUCCAGGAAUUCCUGGAAGAGAUGGAUCGCUUGGAUUAGAUGGGAAGCCGGGAUCCAUUGGGUUACCCGGAACAAAGGGGGUUCAAGGCUUUCAAGGGGACCGAGGACCUGGGGGAGAAAAAGGGGAAGAAGGGUUCCAAGGGCCCCCGGGGCCAGGAGGGGAAGAAGGUAUCAAAGGAGCGAAGGGUUCGAAGGGCGAGCCCGGUCUCCCCGGAGCCGUCGGUUUACAGGGCCCGAUGGGUGCAAAAGGUUUGCCUGGACUCCACGGACCCCCGGGAACGAAUGGGGAAAUGGGAAUUCCUGGAGCGAGCGGACCCCCCGGCCCUGAGGGAGAGCAAGGGCUUCCGGGGUUACCUGGCGCACAAGGGGUUAACGGGUCCCAGGGUGAUCCGGGUCCCCGUGGAGCCUCUGGCCCCCGCGGGCCCCAGGGACCACCUGGAAUAGAAGGCUUGUGCGGACCUCCAGGGCACAGAGGACCUCAGGGAAUGAUGGGACCAGAGGGACCCCCUGGUCAGAAAGGAGAUAUGGUGCGAAUCAAACCCAAACUACCCCACUACUACUACUGUCCUGGUGGAGAACCAGGAGUAUCCGGGCUACGUGGGGAGAGAGGUCCGGAAGGGCCCAUGGGGUUAAUUGGUUGGCCAGGUCCAGACGGGCUUCGAGGAGAUAAGGGUCGGAGUGCAGCAGAUGGAGAGAAAGGUGACCCUGGUGUGAAAGGCGACAAGGGUAUUCCUGGGCCGGUCGGUGUCAAGGGUCCACCUGGGGAUCCAGGGCAGAUUGGUUUUGUUGGGUUCCAAGGACCCAAAGGACAGACUGGACCAAGCGGAGCUGUAGGAGAUGAAGGUCAAAUUGGGCCACCGGGUUUAAAUGGUAGUGAGGGCCCCAAGGGGAACCGUGGACCUGAUGGACCAAAGGGGGUGGCUGGGCCAAGAGGAAACCGGGGACGUAUGGGACAAAGAGGCCUCGCUGGGCUGCCGGGACCUCCAGGACAGCGAGGAGCUUCAGGUCCAGAGGGAGCAGAAGGACUGCCUGGUACACAGGGACCCACCGGCUCUCCUGGGAAUCCCGGAAGCAGAGGACCUGACGGCUUAGCUGGACCUCGUGGGGACAUCGGCAGAGAAGGUCUACCAGGCGCACCAGGGCCUCCUGGUAAGCCGGGAAGUGAUGGAGAUCCAGGACCAAUGGGUGAAAAGGGUUUUACUGGUAAACAGGGACCGGAAGGAGCACAAGGACCUGUGGGCAUGUAUGGGUUGCCUGGGGCACCUGGACAAAGAGGACGGACGGGGCAUCCCGGGGAAAGGGGGGAGCAGGGCGUCCAAGGGAUCCCGGGACAGAAGGGCAAACCAGGACUAAAGGGUCCCACAGGGCCCCCUGGAGAGAGAGGCCUUCCUGGACCGCAGGGUCGGAUGGGAGAGCCAGGUGAUCAGGGUUUGCCAGGAUUACAGGGACCCCCUGGAAAUCCUGGCUCUAAUGGGGAGCCUGGGGCAAUUGGACCACCAGGACAUCCAGGACCCCCUGGUAUCGAUGGAGCUCAAGGUCCUAUAGGGUACCUGGGUCAGGAGGGACUUGUGGGGUCUGAAGGACCAGCUGGGGAGAAAGGUGAAAAGGGGGCAGUUGGAGCUGUCGGAGACCCAGGAGUCGGAGGGCUGGACGGGGAGCAGGGGGAACCUGGAGUUACCGGCAGCGAGGGACCUGCCGGCUUAAAGGGACAGCAGGGUGAACCCGGUGCUCCGGGACAUCCUGGUCCUACAGGACCGAUGGGUGAGCCAGGGGAACGAGGAGCCCAGGGUCCGCCAGGGGCCCCAGGAGAGCCAGGCAAGGAGGGGGAUCUAGGAGAACUUGGCGACAUUGGGGACCCCGGAACAAAAGGAGAAAAGGGUGAUUUGGGUUUGAGCGGCAGCCCUGGAAAUCCUGGAGGGAGCGGUAUUAUGGGUGAACACGGAGUCCGAGGUUCAAAGGGCGAGAAAGGGGAGCGAGGACUUACUGGUCCCCCUGGACUGAUGGGCAUCACUGGGCCUUCUGGACUUGCUGGACAAAUGGGAGAAGGUGGGGAUCCAGGAGCCCCUGGGUUAGAUGGACGUCAAGGAGUAAAGGGUGAAGUUGGUAGCUCUGGUGAGACGGGUGUUCCCGGCGCCCAAGGGAUUAAGGGUCUCGUUGGAAAGAAAGGAGAAAAGGGGGAAACAGGACACUCUGGGCCACCAGGUCCAAUCGGUCCGCCUGGAAAAAUUGGUGAAGAAGGCCAGCAGGGGUUCAGUGGAGCCGAGGGACCCAGAGGGGACAUAGGAGAUCCAGGUGAACCAGGAAUUCAGGGGGAACCUGGCCCUCCUGGAGAAAAUGGAGCCGCGGGAAUUCCUGGACAUGAAGGGUCUCCAGGUCCAAAGGGUCAACCAGGAGAAGCAGGGGAACCAGGGAAAGUGGGACCCAUUGGAAGUCAAGGUCCAGAGGGAAGCGUUGGCCAGAAAGGAGAAAAGGGUGACAGAGGAAGAGAUGGCCGCCCAGGCCCCCCCGGGAACCCUGGCAGAAAGGGUAAGCGGGGAAGGGCAGGUCUACGACCACCAAGAGGACCUCUAGGUCCCAAGGGUGCUAAAGGAAACCAAGGGCCACCAGGACCUGCAGGACCCAGAGGACCUUAUGGUAUCCCAGGGCUUAGAGGGCAGAAGGGGGAAACAGGCCCACGUGGUAUGAAGGGGCAGCUUGGAAUGGACGGGCCACUUGGACCACAAGGAGAAGACGGGCUGAAGGGAAAACAAGGAGCUCUAGGGGACCAAGGACCUCCAGGAGAGAAGGGGGAUCAGGGAAUCGUUGGACUUCCAGGAUCACAGGGUUUGCCUGGCCCUCGAGGACCUCCAGGACCAGAAGGAUUGAAGGGAUUGAAAGGAACACAAGGGCCAGAGGGACCCAAAGGGCCAACUGGACCCCCGGGUCCUCCCGGAAUCCCAGGUCCCCCAGGACCUACUCUAAACGCCACCGUUCUCAGUUUAAAGCGUUUGGGUCCUCACAAUGUGACCUCGAUGGAAGGAGACCCUUGGAGUCUCCUGCAUCAUCUGGAGGAGGAGCUGAGGCUUUUGGUUAGUCCACCGAAUGGGACCAAGGAAAAUCCAGCAAGCACCUGCAAGGAGUUACAGCUGGUACAGCCGCACCUAGCUGAUGGUUAUUAUUAUAUUGAUCCUAAUCAGGGAAGCCCACAAGAUUCUUUCCUCGUCUUCUGUAAUUUCACGGCAGGAGGAGAGUCUUGUGUACCUCCUAAGGAGGCCCAGAUACCCGUCAAGCCGUGGCUUCGCAGCUACCUGAAGCCAGAGGGAUUCCAGUGGUUCAGGACCCUCCCUGGGGGAUUUACCUUCGCCUACAGCGAGGCCAACGUCGUCCAACUGCGCUUCCUGCGGUUACAAAGCCUUAGCGUACACCAAGACGUGCGGUAUGUCUGCCACGCAAGGAAAGGUCACCCAGCGAGGGACAAGGAUGUCAAGUUCCUCACCGACACACGGGAUCAGAGCUUCCUGGUGACUCUAGAGGGCUGUGAGUGGGAAGAACCCUACAACAGAACGGAGACCGUGCUACACUUUGCUCCCAUGGACCUUUCUCUGCUGCCUCUGCGGGACUUGGCUUUGUUUCACGACGGAGACACAGACCACGAAUACGGCUUCUUCGUGGGGCCGGUGUGCUUCGGCUGAAAGGACAGGCCAACUUCCCUGUAAACUUUUCUCUGAGGACACGGACCCAGGUCAAAGGUGGAAGACCUUUACUAUUUAUACAGAACGUUAUUACACGGGCGAGCCAGCGUUUCCCCAUUAACUUCCUCUCUCUCCGGAAGGGAGACUUUUUAUUGUUUACAGUAGAGUUAUUGGUGCUGGGAAGUCCAAGACUUCUCUUGAAUCUCCUGGAGAGAAUCACACCUCAGACCUUCCUAUCAACAGAACAUUCAACACGAAGCGUUCUCAGGGAAGAAGAAUUGGUGCCCUGAAAUAUACUUGAUGAUGUCACAAAACCACAAAAGAGAAAUGGUGCUAAGGUCAUGUUUCAUUCUGUACGUUCAAAAAGAACAUUAGACCAUCUACAGUAGGGUUCAGUGGAGCCAACACGCCGAGGUACCAGUGUCUUCUAGAAGGAUACGGACACUAACCUUGGAAGAACAUUGCUUAAUCACAGAUUCAUUAUCGUGGGGUCUGGCCGGCUUGGACACCAGGGAUUUUAAUGACCUUGGGACAAUUCUGAAUAACAUUUGUUCAUCCUAAUGGAACUGUCCAUGGUUUGGUGCAUUCAUUGGGCAAUAAAUCCCAGGCCCCCAACAUACAAAACAGUUCCAUAUAUCACUCAUGCAUAUGAGGAUAUCCGUCGGGACAUGUAUCUGGAGGUUCUAUAUGAUGAAAUACUAGUAAUGAUAGCUUGUAUGGUUGGAAACAAUAUUAAAAUGAAUCACUUAUAGGCAAUUAGAUAAAAGUCUCAGGAUUGUACGCAAAGUGUUAAUAUGUGUACAGGACUCUCCUACCAUCAUAUACCUCUUGUCUUUGUAUUUGCGAUUAUAUGUUUUUUAACCCGUUUAUACCCGCCGCUGCCAAACCAGUUACACGGUUUGUUGGGGGAAUACAGGUUUACAUCUUCAACCAUCUCUUAUUCGUAAAUGUAACCAUUUUAAAGAAUUCUGAUAAAGGUUCUAUCCUCCUUUGUUACAG